UUCCCGUUUGCGCGAUACGUGCACACUCACUGCGAAAUUCUUCAUGAGACUGGUGCAUCCCCCCGCGCCCCUUGCACGUUCAUCUUUGUGCUAAUUAAACUUUCUGAAAUGUGCUGAAAGCGUAAACAAGGCUAUUUAAAAGCAGACUUGAGGAAGACUGACCGAUCUGACAGUCCCUAGCUCUUGGCUGAAGCGCAUUCUGCUCGGUAAGUUCCUGGUGUCAGUAUUGGCAGCCGCGUGUUAGAGUGUCAUCGUUUUGCCCUUACUGGCAGUGAGCCAACGUCGAGGCAGACAAGUAUGGCAAGCAACAACCAUUUUGGGAUGGUGGGUCGCUGGUACGAGCCUAAUUCUCAAGACUUGAAUGCCUUGGAAAAGACGGUACUCCAGGGAGAUCGACUGGAGUUCAGCCGCGACGAUUUAUACUCACACUGGGGUAUAUACGUCGGGCGAUACCGAGGAAUCGAGCAUGCUGUCAUCCACUUUGGCAUGUUUGAAGGAGGGGCUGCCUUCUCCAAGAAGAAGACCUCAGGCAGUGCGGUUUCUGCACGCACCAAACCUAAGGUACGAGCCGACUCCAUUCGGGAGGUGCUGGGCACGUCGGGCAAAGUGAGAAUCAACAACUCGAAGGACAAGGAAAAAGAUCCAUUGUCUGUUGCUGUCAUCGUAGAUAGCGCAACGGAAAUGCACAGAGAGCAAGUUGAAAUUGACUACGACCUCUUUGAGAGUAACUGCGAACACUUCGUCAAUUUCUGCCGGUAUGACCACGCAGUCAGCGAUCAGGCUGACGCAGCGAAGGACGUAGUUGCUAUCGGCGUUGCCGGCCUGGCAGUAGGUGCAAUCGCUGGAGUGGCGGUGGCAUUGACAAAAGCCCUCAAGCAGUAAUUCUCGAAUGCAAGCGUAAUUCUGAAACACCGAGAUUGUGAAAUGGUAGGGACCGGUUUGAUCCAGCUACGUGGGCGAUAUAAGAACACACCUGGACCACAUGUAUCAGUGGCGUCAAGUUGUGCCGAAAAUGGAGGGGGGGGCGAUUGGGAUGAGGAAAGGUGGGGGGAUGUCUUGCCCGGCCGUGAAAUAUUCCAAGUGGCAUAUUUAGGGCAAUUUAAAAUUGUUUUUUUUUUUAAUGAUAAUGAAUACAUUUUAGUCGUUGGAAGUAUGAACAAUUCUGUACAAUAUACUUUAAUUUUUCUGCUCACCACCAAAAAAUGUAGUGAAGACACAACAAACUAAUUUUGUCAGAGAAUGCGGGAUGGGGCAUUACGGUACAUCCAUGCAUGUUACCCUGCUGUGCUCAGUGCUCAGAGUUAAAUGGAUUACUACAGGAAAGACUUGAAACAUGAAUUAUGUCUUGUUUGAGCUCGAGGCGUAGAGGAAUGUUACAUAUACAUGUGGGUGUGAAUUUCACAACCAUAACAUUCUCUGUGCGGGUACUAGGAUUCAAUAAUACGGCCAACUGACCCAACGGUCAAGGGCGGAUCCAGGGGGAGAUCGUGGGCGACCCCCCUGAAAAUAAAGACAAGGGUUUUAAUCAAUCAGAGUGAAGGUAUUAAGUGUCUUAAAUCGAGGGUGUUUUGCAUGCUCAGAGCAAUGUUGAUCAGGACAUCGUUUCUCACCCGAUGCUUAAUUAAUUCUGACUGGUGUGAUCAGGUAGUGCUCCACAGACGCUGCUUACUUGCUUUGCCCCUCCCCUCAAAAAUGGGAUCUGGAUCCGUACUUGACCAUGGUUUAGAGUUAAAUCAAGGAUGGAUCCAGGGCAAACCUGCAGAGGGCCAAGCACCCCCAGUAAAAGCCCCUUCCCUAAAAAUUUGGUUCUGGAUCAGCAAUUGUACAGAACUUACAUUUUCAGCUCUGCUUCCCUGUAUGUUGGAGUAAAUUAUAAGAUGAUUUAUUCAAUGCCUACUACGUGUAUAAAAAGUUUGUGAUCGACAAGUUCUAGGGAUUAAUUUACUGACAAGUAGGACGAAGAGUUCCAGUUACCCCAAAACAAGAAAAUUGACACUUCUUUUUUAGGCUGUUGAAUAGAAGAAUGUAUGUAAACACGUGAACUGCAAAGGCAUUAACAUUUCUGUAUGAGAAGAUUGGUGUCUUGCAAAUUGGAAAUUCAGAUAUUUUUAAUUUUUAAUUAAUUAGUAAGCUAUCGUAUUGGUCAGCAUUCGUAGUAAUGGCGUCAUAAUUCAUUUGGUUGCCUAUAAGAUUGCCAAGAACGUGUAUGUUGCAUAUUUUGGAUCCAGUUAGCCUGGUUCUAAUUUAAUAUUUAGCUAUCUCUUCUGUUUUAUGGGCCUCAUUGGAUAAUGCUAAUACAAAUUCGAUAAACACUUUGAUCUAAUCAGAGGAAUAGGAUCUCUAUGUUGUAUUGAUUAUGCACAGCAAUUGCUAGAUUUUUGUAUUUUUGCUUUGGCAAUUUAUUGAUACAUAAGUAGUUGGCAAUAAGCCGGUAAGCAAAUAUUUCUCGACACUAUUUCGAAAGAAGAAGUUGAAGGUCAAUUUU